AUAGAUAGCGAAAAAGUUUUGCUUCGGUCUUUGCAUGAAGCGAAGUGAUUUUAUUUACUGUCUGAGCUGUCGGCUGUCUGUCUUGAUCUGUUUUCGCUGAACUGAGUUCAUAUGUCCACAGUUUUUCCUAAAUAUUUCAUAUAUUUCUUGCAGAAAACAUUUUUGUGACACUUUCUUCCAGUUAGGCCACAAUGUCUAAACGCAGUCAACCACAUUGGGUAUGUCCAUCAUUGUCUGAGAAAGCAACCUUGAAGUUGUACAACAGUCUGACCAGAGAAAAGGAAGUAUUUAUACCUCAGUUUGGGAACAAAGUUUUGUGGUACAGCUGCGGACCAACUGUGUAUGAUGCAUCACACAUGGGACAUGCAAGAUCUUAUAUUUCAUUUGAUAUCUUGCGUAGAGUGUUGUCAGAAUAUUUUUCAUAUGAUGUGUUUUAUGUCAUGAACAUCACAGAUAUUGACGAUAAGAUCAUCAAAAGAGCUCGCCAGAAAUAUUUGUAUGAAGAAUACGUUAAAAACCACUCCGAUAUUAAGAAAAUUAUUUCUGAUGUACAAGAAGCUAUUAAGAAUUAUGAAACUGUUUUGGAAGCUACAUCUGAUAAGGAUAAGAAGACAAUGAUUGAAAAUCUGAUUGAAAGAACCAAAAAUGCAGUUGACGUAGCAAAUUCAUUGAACAAACCUGGAAGUGAUGAAGCAAAAAUUGUGGGUGAUCUUCUUAAGCAGAGUGUAGAUGUCAUGAGUGAAUGGCAGGAUAAAGUCAAUUCUGAAGUAGAGUAUGAUAAUUCCAUAUUUUUUUCACUUCCUGCCGAGUGGGAGGAAGAAUUUUACACAGACAUGGAAUCCUUAAAUGUUCUUCAACCGGAUGCCGUAACGAGAGUAACCGAAUUCAUCCCAGAAAUUAUUGAAUAUGUCAAGAAGAUCAUCGACAAUGGAUUUGCGUAUGAAUCAAAUGGCUCUGUUUAUUUUGACACUAUAAAAUUUGAUGAUAUGCCUGAUCACUUUUAUGGGAAGUUGGUGCCUGAAGCAUUUGGUGAUUUGAAGAAGUUGCAAGAAGGAGAGGGUGAAUUGAGCAUUGGAACUGAAAGGCUGAAUGAGAAGAGAAGUCAAAGUGAUUUUGCUGUUUGGAAAUCUUCAAAACCUGGUGAACCUUCUUGGGAUUCCCCAUGGGGAAAAGGACGUCCUGGUUGGCACAUUGAAUGUUCCGUGAUGGCUAGUUCUCUUCUUGGGGAAUCCAUGGAUAUUCAUACUGGGGGUUAUGAUUUGAAGUUCCCCCACCAUGAUAAUGAGCUGGCACAGUCCGAAGCAUACUUUGGUAAUGACUGUUGGGUGCGAUACUUCCUUCAUUCUGGUCAUUUGACUAUAUCCGGUUGCAAGAUGUCCAAGUCUCUGAAGAAUUUCAUCACAAUUAAGGAAGCAUUGAAACAGCACACAUCUCGACAGAUCAGGCUGGCUUUCUUGUUGCAUUCUUGGAAGGAUACUUUAGAUUACAGCUCACAAACAAUGGACAUAGCUCUCUAUUAUGAAAAGCUCUUCACAGAAUUUCUUCUGACAGCUAAAGAUUCUAUUAGAGACAUUCCAAGAACUGGCAGAGAAGCUCACCAAAAAUGGACUGUGGAAGAACAUAAUUUGUUUUCCACGUUUCAACAAAAACAAGCUGGUGUUCAUGAGUCAUUGUGUGAUAAUAUUGAUACUCGCAGUGCUCUAGAAAAUAUUCGUGAUUUAAUCACGGCGUCUAAUAUAUACAUCAGUUCCAGGAAAUCAAAACAGCUACAGUGCAAUAGAAAAGUUCUUGCUAACAUUAUGUCUUAUAUAACAAAAAUACUUAAGAUGUUUGGUGCAAAUUUUGGAGAUUUCUCUUCUGAAUUUACUUCUGGUGAUUCCGCAUUAGUUAACCAAGAUGACAUAGUUAUGCCUUAUUUAAGAACUCUAGCUGACUUUAGAGAAAAUAUUAGGCAGCAAGCCAUUGAAAUUAAAGCUGUUCCUAUACUCAAACUGUGUGACUCUUUGCGUGAUGAUGUGCUACCCGCUCUUGGUGUCCGUCUAGAAGAUCAAGAAGGACUGAAAGCUGCUAUUAAACUUGUUGAUCCAGCUGUACUAGCUAAAGAAAAAGAAAUAAAACAAAGAAUGGAUGAGGAGAAGAGAAAAGAAAAAGAAAGAAAGAAACAAGAACAGGAAGCCCUGAAAGCAGAGAGGGAAGCGGCAAAAAGAAAACCUCCGAGUGAAAUGUUCAAAUCUAUGACUGACAAAUAUUCCAAAUUUGAUGAUAAGGGAAUCCCUACGCAUGAUGUAGAUGGAAAAGAACUAAGUGAGAGCCAAACGAAGAAAGUUAUGAAAUUAUAUACAGCUCAAGAAAAAAAAUACAAUGACUAUCUAAAAAGUGUUGCUACUAGUUGAUUCUGCUGAAUUUCAUUUAUAAUUUAUUAAAGGCCUACCUUUUUAUUCCUCAAAA